AUGUCACGGCGCUUGCGCCGUUCCUCGCCCCGCCCCCAACCAGCAGGGCGAGGGCGUGGACGGCGAGGGGGCGGGGCUAUUGCCUGCCGCGAGGCCGGAACUUUCGCGGGCCUAGGCUCCCGGGAGCUGAGCAAGAGCGGGACAGCAGGCCGCGCUCUAGGAGCGGUGCGAGGCUUGUGUAGGUUCUCACGACCGCAUUUGGUCCCCGAGCAUUCUUCCCAGGUGCGCGUUUCCGGCGUCCUGGCUACCGCGGCUGUAGCCGUCCGGGCGGUGGCCUGGUUCUUCCUCUGGGAGAUAGCUGGGCUCACCUGCUCUGCAGACCCAGUCUUCAGCACGGCCCCCACCGACGCUGGCAUAAGAGCCACUUGUUCUGAAAUUAUUUUGAAGCAAGAAGUUUUGAAAGAUGGUUUCCACAGAGACCUGUUAAUAAGAGUGAAACUUGGAGAAGGCAUUGAGGACUUACAGACCUGCCGAGUCUUAAUUAGACAAUACAUCCCGACAGGACUUUUUGUGGAUCCAUAUGAGUUGGCGUCAUUACGAGAGAAAAACAUAACAGAGGCAGUGAUGGUUUCAGAAAAUUUUAAUAUAGAGGCUCCUGACUAUUUGUCCAAGGAAUCUGAAGUUCUCAUUUAUGCCAGACAAGAUCCUCAGUGCACUGAUUGUUUCCAAGCUUUUUUGCCUGUGCACUAUCGCUAUCAUCGGCCACAUUAUAAUGAUGAAGAAACCUUCAUUGUGGUCAAUAACCCUGAUUUAUUGAUGUAUUGUGACCAAGAGUUUCCAGUUUUGAAAUGCUGGACUCAGUCAGAAAUGACAGCUCCUUGUGCUUUGAAUGGUCAGGAUAUCUGCCAAUGGAACAAUAUGAAAUAUAAGUCAGUAUAUAAGAAUGUGACUCUACUGGUUCCAGUGGGACUGACCAUACAUACCUCUUUAGUAUGUUCUGUGACCCUGCUCGUUACUGUCUUGUGUUCUGCUUUGAUCCUUGUGGCUGUUUUCACAUAUGGCCAUUUUUCCCUAUAAGUUUUAUGUGGUUAAAUGCUUUCAAUAAACCUAAAUAAGACCUA